GUUUUACUGAGCAGUAGUCAAACGUCAAACGUGUUGAGUGAACGUACGUUUACGCUUAAGAGCAAGCAAAUUAUUUCCUGAUGUGGAUUAGACGAAGCUAGUGUAUUUGUGUGAAGAACACAUUGAUUUCUCCCUGAAUUGUUUGAUGGAAAUCGCCUAAAUCCUCGCUUCGCAUGUCAUCUGUUCGGCCAAGAAGGCGAGAGAAUAUAUAAAAGCCGUUCGAUUUUAGACAAGAAGAAAAAAAGGGAAGAAGAAAGAAACAAUUCAGCCAUGACCGUGUCGAAACGUGCUGCUGCGUCGACCGUCAGUUUGCUCUCUGCUGACUCACUGAUGGGAAUCAUCGUUACCAAUGGAUAAUUAAACAAAAAACUUUUGCCCCCUCUAAACGUAAAAAAAAAAAAACCACCAUUAUCGAACAUCAUCACGACCUCAAAGAAAAACCUUGCUUUCAAGCACAACGUUACAAAGUGUUAAAAAAGCGAUCAACCGUAGGGGAGUAUCAACAUCUCCGUGGCCAUUUUGGUCCUUCCAAAAAGAACGAAUCGUCGUCUGCGAUUUUCUUAGUGUGUGUGUGUGUGUUUUCCCUCCCAAAAAAAGAAAAGAAAUCUAUAUUUUUUGUUUUUCGUGUGUGUUUUGCCUCCCAUUUCCGUUGGGGAUUUUUUUUUUUGACGCUGUAUGUUUUUCGAGAAACAACAAACAUCCGCCAUGCCAGGAUUAAUCAGCGUCUCGGAAUUCGUGGAAGAAAGCCGCGAAGAUGUCAACUCGCCCACCACUUCGACGUUCGUUUCGCGCAUGUCGCAAUGUAGGCAAACAGUCGCCGCCCUGGAAGAGAUCCUGGAUGUGGACCGAGAAGGACUUACCAAGUUGAAAAAAGCUGUCAAAGCUAUGCACGCCAGUGGAAACGCGCACACGGAUAAUGAAAACUACCUUUCGCGGGCGCUGGAACGUCUUGGAACGACGGCUUUGAGUAAGGACCAAGAAACGGAAAUCGGAGCCGCUUUUAUUAAAUUUGCUGUCGUCACCAAAGAACUUUCUGCCCUACUCCGCACUCUGAUGCAGAACUGUGCCAACAUCGUGCAGUUUCCAUUGGACAGCCUAUUGAAAGGAGAUUUGAGAGGCGCCCGAGGUGAUUUGAAACGGCCCUUUGACCGGGCGUGUAAAGACUACGACACCAAGUACGGCAAACUGGAAAAGGAGAAGAAAGCGCAGGCCAAAGAGGCCGGCUUUAUCCGAUCGGAGAUUACGGCCGCUGAAGUGGCCGAAGAACUCGAUCCCGAACGCAAAAUGUUUCAACUGCAGAUGUGUGAGUAUCUACUGAAAGUCAACGAAAUCAAGACAAAGAAAGGUGUCGAACUGUUGCAGCAUCUUCUCGAAUACUACCACGCCCAGCACAAUUAUUUCCAGGACGGUUUGAAGACGAUCGAACAUUUCGGCUCUUACAUUACGGAUUUGUCGCAAGGAUUGCAGAGGAUCCGGCAGAAACAGGACGAGGAACGCAAACAACUGGCCGAUCUGCGUCAAUUGCUCAAAAGUUCUCACGUUUUCGACAAAGAGCAGCAACAACAACAGCAGCCGACAGUUGUGCAGAGCCAUGCCGUAGGCGUCGGUGGUAACGGCGCAACGGCCAGCGGAGUUGGUGUCGGUGGUAACGCCGUCAACAACAGCAGCAACAACAGCGGCGUUGGCUACUCGCGCCACCAGCUGCAGGGCAACAAACAGCACGGCUCGAGUCGAACGGGUUUCCUCCUGAAGAAAUCGGAAGGCAAAGUGCGCAAGGUGUGGCAAAAGCGGAGGUGCGAAGUACGGGCAGAUGGAUUCCUCUCCAUUUAUCACGCCGACGAGACCAAACCGCCGACUCGAGUCAACUUGCUCACCUGUCAGAUCAAGCCCGUGCCGAAUCACGCGGAGGAUCGCCGCUGCUUCGAUCUCAUCUCGUACAAUCGAACUUACCAUUUUCAAACGGAGGAGGAAGACGAAAUGGCGGCCUGGAUUUCGGUGAUGGUCAACAGCAAAGAAGGCGCCCUGAUGAAGGCCUUUGACGAUAAUGGACGUCACGGUCCCAAAGUCAAUCAAGGAUUUUUGGAACUGCAACAGGCAAUUAUCCGAUACGUUUUGCGAUUGCCGGGCAACGAUCGCUGCGCCGACUGUUGUUCUCAGAACGAUGCGACAUGGCUGUCGACAAACUUUGGCGUAAUCAUCUGUAUCGAAUGUUCGGGCGUACACCGUGAAAUGGGCGUUCAUGUGUCACGAAUCCAGUCGUUAGUGCUGGAUCACGUGCCAACUUCCCAGCUGCUCAUUGCACGGCACAUGUCCAACCACAGUUUCAACGAGAUUAUGGAGGCAACGUUGCACAUUUCCAAACCCAACCUUAACAGCACCAUGGAGGAGCGCAGUGAAUUUAUUCGGGCCAAGUACAUUGAAAAAAAGUUCGCCAUCAAGACGAGUACAGACAUACGCGAUUUGCACAGUGACGUCGAGCACGCUCUCAACAACAAGGACAUUCAUCAACUUCUACAAGCCUAUGUUGAAGGCGCUGAUUUUUCGAAGCCCUUCAUUGACAGCAACGCGGGAGAAACGGCCUUGCACAUGGCCAUCCGACGUGAACGAGGCCAUUCCCUUCACAUUGUAGACUUUUUGGUGGAAAAUGCCAGCAAUCUUGACGCAACGACGGUGGACGGACACACGGCCGUCCAUUACUGCGCCCUUUACAAUCAGCCAGAGUGUCUGAAAUUGCUGUUGCGCUCAGGGGCUAAUGUGGCGGCCGAGACCAAAGACAAAAAGACGGCCAUUGAUUUGGCUAAAGAAUAUGGAUCUACUGCUUGCGAAACCCUGAUUCGCCAGUCAACGCAAAACCGCAAAUCUCAGCUGGAAAAUGUCAGCAUUGACUGGAAUUUAUCGCAGGACGAGGCAGGAUCGAUUGAUUUGUCUGACGAAGACAUGACAGUCGUUGAAAGCACGGCGACAUGCAAUGGAAUUCCAACUCCGGAUCGACGUGUUCGUUCCCGUCCGCCCAGUUUUGCUGGCCGGGAAUCACCAAUUCAAUUACGUUCGCGUUCCUCAACAUCCGACAGUUUACGUUCCGGUUCCAGUCCCAACAGUGGAGGAGGAGGGAAUCAGUCAUCGAAUCGGAAUGCUACGUUCUUCCCUCCGCCAGUGACGACAGCCGGAUCGUCUGUCAAUACGGCCGCCACUCUCAUGGCAGGAUCGACCAGUAAUCUUUCGGUGCAGACGAGUAAAAAGAAUAACAAUGCUUCUGCAACAACAACCUCAGCUGCUGCAGCCGCAGCCGUUACCGCCGCUAAUGUCGGCAGUUUGAAAAAGAGGGCGGCUCCUCUUCCACCUCCGACGACUGCGUCCACAUUCACCAGAGCUUCAUCGCAAAACACGCACAGUCGAAACGCGUCCGAUUAUGGCGUCUCGUAUCCAGCACAGCGGAUGAAACCGCCUAGCGAAUCUCAUUCUCAGUCGAGGAAAUCGUUGGUGGCUGAUUACCUUGACUCGACCAAAACAAGGACGUUCCAUCAUUCAGCAGCCCACCUUCCUGGAGCUAAACUUGUACUGCCUAAAGGAGAACUGCCACAACUAAGGAAAUUGCAUGGCUCUGCCACCAGUUUGGCCAGUACAACUAGCUCUAAUCGACCUCGUGGUCCGCCACCGCCCACGCCAGCUAAUGUCAGUACGGCGGUGAAUUCAUCAAAGCCACUCAGUCGAAAUGGUCGAUCGACCGAAAGCCUUUCGUCAGCUCCAUCCGACGGAGAAUUUAAUGAUAAACCAUUACCACCGGCCAGAGGUCGGCGUUGUCGUGCAUUGUACGAUUGCGAAGCGGACAAUGACGACGAGGUAUCAUUCCGGGAAGGUGAGAUCCUUGUAGUGAUGAUAGAAAAGACAGAAGACGAGAAUUGGAUGGAAGGCUAUGUAGAAAGCGACCCGAAAAGGCGCGGUGUGUUCCCGGCUAGUUUCGUUCACAUCUUAAACGAACGCGACUAAUGUUGUAAAACCGAAAUCAAGUUCAAAUCAAACUGCCACAACUUCUAACUUUAGUGAAAUUUCCCCUGACGACACUAAACUCAUCGACCAGUGGCGAAGAAAUACGUCAUUUAUGUCCAGUGACGCACAAAAAUCACAUAUAAGUUUCAAACAGUAACAAAGUUUUUCCCCAAAGUUGUAAUAUUUAAGAAGAAAAAAGGAGAAAUUGUUGGAUGUUGUAAAUGGCAAAUGAUGAUCUUAAAUUGGAGUAGUUUUUUUUGUUUUUUUCAUCUCUCAAGCUUAAUGGAAUUCCAUCUUUUGCUCUUUUUUUUUUGGCUCCUAGUCACUCUUCUCAUUGCUGUCCCUGUUUUUGAAGAAACCCAUCAAACGAAACUUGUUUUUUCAGUUUUGCCCUUUUGUUGAAGGCCCAAUUUUCCUUAAGUUGUCUCUCUCUAUAUCUCUACUUACAUACUCUUUAUCUUUCUCUAAUUCCUCAUCUACAUAUUAUAUUAUAUAUUAUUGGUUAACUUCUGUGAUAUAUAUUUCCUCAUUUCGCUUUACAUUAGUUUCAACUUUCCCCCUUUAAAUUUUGGUUUCUUGAUGAACUCUUGCCCAAUUCCGUUUGUUGUCAGAUCAGUUUUAGUUGUUAAGUACGUCCGACUUUGGAUCCACAAAACAAAAGUGUAUUUCACCAAUCGAUCGGUCUACACAACUCUCAAGAAUAAUAUCCCACAUGUUUGAACCAAAACUAUCUGUAUUAUUAUUAUUACACUCUGCCAAUUGUUCGAUUAUUUUCCACCCUUUUCUCAAUUUCAACGUUCUCCUUCAGCAUUUCUCGAUGUGGCUUUCACUGUUGUUGAUGGCUUCCAUUUAAUAUGUAUGAGUGUGUCAAUAAUUCAAAUGUCAAAUAUUGA